AUAGGCGCACACGUGCACCAGUCAUGGCAAGAACAAUGACCCGCUGGUUUUGGUGUGUGAUGUGCGUGAUUUUACAUCUCAGGAACGUUCAUUCUAAAGUCGGUUUGUGCGAAGUGGAAGGAGGACAAUCGAAUAUCAUUCUUGAUAUUGAAGAAAGUAGAGGAAAUGCAAUCGAUCAGAAGACCGUGCCGGAAGAACUUCCGGUGUCCGGCGAUCCUUAUAACGAGACUAUGCUGGAGCUCAUCUUUCCUGGAAGAACGAUCCCUCUUUUUAAAUUGAACGGCAAAAACCUUCAGCUUCUCGAGCCAUUGGACAGAGACGACGAAAAUCUCUCACAUGUUGUUUUUCAGUUGAGCUGCACAGUGAAGUUGACCAAUAAAAAGCGGAUGAUCCCGGUGAUAGUGAGAGUGUCCGACAUCAAUGAUAAUGCGCCAAAAUUCAUUAACACGCCGUAUGAGACCACUGUACCGGAGCUCACUCCGGUCGGUUCGACGAUCUUCAAGAACGUCGACGCGAUCGACGCCGACGCCGGUGUCAAUGGUAUCGUCGAGUACUCGAUUGCGCCUGGCGAUGGCAGCAGGAUUGGUAGCAACGAGGGUGUCGGACGCAACAGGAUCACCACUGUCGACGGAUACGGCUAUUUCAGCAUCAAUCUGCCGCACCAGGGACAGGUCACGGUCAAUCGAACGCUCGACUACGAAAGGACUCAGCGUUAUCUCGUCACCAUCUUGGCAUCGGAUCGGGCGAGAAACGUUUCCGAGAGAUUCACAUCCACGACCACAUUGACGGUGAACAUACGGGACGAUGAUGAUCAAGAUCCAUCCUUUAUUUAUCAAGGCUGUAUGCUUUUGGAUGGCGCCUGCAUCAAUCCGGAAUACUCCGCGUCGGUAUCGAGCGGAGUACUAUCCGGCAUACUCAAUAUCUCGCCUGAGAAAAUACAAGCGGUCGACAUGGACAGUAUAAACGCGCCGAUUCACUAUUCUUUCCUUAGUGGAAAUCCACCGAAUUAUCGAGAUUUCUUUGAAAUCAAUCCUAAUACCGGAGCAGUGAAGCAAAUUAAAGCUGUCGACACGACAGUAACGAAGAAGUUUGAUAUUAUUAUUAAGGCGGUUGAAGUAUCGGAAACGAAGCGAUCUGCAACCGCUAAAUUAGCAAUCACUGUCAAGCCGGUCGAUAGCAAUCCACCCGUUAUAACAGCGUCAAACAUCGAAGGUUUCGUCGACGAGAAUGCUCCGAUUGGCACAAAGGUCAUCGAUGAAAGCGGGAAUCCUAUUGUUCUCACCGUGUCGGACGCCGAUUUGGGACCAGACGAUCCAAAACCGGCAUAUACUUUCGAACUGACCACAAAUUUCUUUGCGAUCGAUCCUUCCGGCAUCCUUGUCGUAAAUGAGGAGAAUUUGGAUCGAGAUCCUCCGAGUCCCGGCCGCUUUCGUUUCCAGGUUGUCGCCCGGGAGAAAACGGGUGUGGCUGCGUCAUCACCUCUAUCGUUCGUCGUGACGUUGAACGACGUUAACGACAAUGCGCCUCUGCUUCCAAUGAUGGCACCCAUCACUGUUCAAGCGGGAGAGACGAAGAGACAAAUAGCAAAGGUGGAAGCCACGGACAACGACGAGGGUGAAAACGCGGAGAUAACGUAUAGUAUUUAUCAUGUGUCAAACAACGGCUUGCAUAAGUUCAAGAUAGAUCCGAAGACCGGAGUUAUCGAGUCCGUGAGGAAACUUAACGCUGGUGAACAGUACAGUAUUACAGUGCAGGCCACCGACAAAGGUGGCAAGUACUCGCAGACAAUCGUCGAGGUGAACGUCAUUCCCGGGCCCAACACCAGAAGCCCUGUGUUCCAGCAACCGGUGUACGAGGUGCAAGUCAGCGAGGGAGCCUCCAUCAAUUCCACAGUCGCGACUAUCACUGCCACUGACCCAGAAAACGAUCCGGUGUCGUACUCGAUAGUAUCGGGAAAUGAUUUGCGCCAGUUUGCGAUCGGCGACAAAUCAGGCGUUAUUACCGUUAUAAGGAAGUUGGAUAGGGAGGACCUGACCCGGUAUCAGUUGUUAAUAAAGGCUGAGGAUACCGGUGGUCUCUACAGCACCGCGACGGUCAACAUUAUGGUUACGGAUAUCAACGACAAGAAUCCCGAAUUCGUGGGUCUCCCUUAUGAAUUUACGGUCAAGGAGAACGAAGCGCGUAAAUUAAUUGGCCGCGUGCAUGCCGAAGACGCCGACGAAGGUAUAAACGCUGAAAUUACUUAUUUCGUACCCGACGAUAUUCCUUUUACUGUGGAUCCCGAGACUGGCGAUGUCCUGACGAAGAUAGUGCUGGAUUACGAGCAGAAUAACGAAUACAAAUUCGUAGUGACUGCGAGGGAUGGAGCCCCCGACUAUCGUUUAGCAACUGCGACUGUCACGGUGAAAGUCGUAGAUGUCGAGGACGAGGUUCCGGUCUUUCACCAAAGCAGUUACGAGGCACGUGUCAAGGAAAACGUGCCUGACCAUAAUGUAAUUCAAGUCACGGCCGAUGAUCCGGACACAAAGAAGCAAAUUACGUACAUGAUCAAGCAAGGGGAUACCGAACUCUUCAACAUAGACCCGAAGACUGGAGUAAUAAAAACUAUUCGCGGUCUCGAUUACGAAAGCCAGAGCCAGCACGUACUUAUCAUAGGCACUGAGGAGAACACCAGCAAUUUACCUGGCUCUACCACCCGCGUUGUUAUUAAUGUUCAGGAUGUGAACGACAUUCCACCGGUAUUUACAUCGGUACCACGUCCGAUUACGCUGGACGACGAUGUACCUAUAGGAACGACCGUAAUUGAUCUUGUUGCUGCAGAUUCCGAUGGAACCGCUCCGGGAAAUCAGGUUCGAUAUGAUAUCAUCGGUCGCGGCAUCGCCAGCAAGUACUUCGUAAUCGAUCCCGACACCGGCAUACUCCGAGUACGAGAUGACUUGCGCAAGGAGACUGACUCCGAGUAUCAGAUUGAUGUACUAGCAUACGAUAUGGGAGACCCACCAUUGUCGUCCGAAACGACUGUAACAGUUUACGUACGUCACGUGGCGACGGUUCCGCCGGAGAUCGGUUUGGGUUUUGCGGAGAAUUCGUAUAACGUCGAAGUACCCGAAGACGCGGGCGACAACACGCUAAUAAAGAUAAUCACUAUCAUUAACAGUCACGCAUACAACACUACGCCACUCAGGUGCGAGAUUUAUAGCGGCAAUGAAGAAGGCCUGUUCGAAGCGAACGUCACGAAGGAGCGAAAUUGCGCGCUGAGACUGAAGAAAGGAGCGCUGGAUUAUGAGACGACGGAAUCUUACCAGAUUAAGAUCAAACUGGAAUCGCUCUCAGGCCUUUUAAACUCAGGCAGAAAUACGACGAUGGUGAAGAUCCAAGUGCUGGAUGUAAAUGAUAACAAGCCCGAGUUUAUUUUCCCGGAGGCGAGUCAGACGCUUACGAGGGAACGUUACUUUGCAGCGAUUCCACGCACCGCGCAAUUCGCGUCCACUGUCGUACAAGUAAAGGCUCAUGAUAAAGAUAAUGGCAAAUACGGCAAACUAGAAUACAAAAUCCUGGAAGGGCGAGGUUCUGGUUAUUUCGUCAUCGACGGCUCCACCGGCAUAAUUAGGACGACGGCUACAUUCGACCAUGUGGAUGCAUCCGAGCUUCCAUUCAAAUUUGACGUUCGCGUGCGCGACAAUCCUAAUUCGAAUGACAAUUACAAUUCGAUCUUCGCGCCUGUGAUCGUCAAUCUUAUCGGGGAAGAAAACCUGAUGAUUCUCGUGGUACAAAACGCAGCGCCGGAUGUACUGCAAAAAGAAACCGAUAAAAUAGCAAACGUAAUUGAACAAAAGAGCGGUCUGCUGAUUGGUAUUGACAGAGUCGCGAUGAGAAAGAACCUCACAAAGAACGGCACUAUCGAGACGUUCCCGCAGGACUCUGAUGUAUGGUUCUACGCGGUAGACCCAGACACCGAAGCUAUAUUAAGUAGAAACAGUACCAAAGUACAGAGAUCUAUUCUGGAUAAAUCUGCCAUGUCAAAUAUCAUCUUUGACGUGUCUACGGUAGUGUGGGCAAAUGCCAUCGACAUUCAUGCACCCGUGAUGCCACCCGAGCCAGUUCGAACACAAACGGCGGUUGCAUUUAGCGGCGAGGUAUUCCCGUACGCGCUGAUCAUCAUCGCGUGCGUGAUUUUGAUCCUCGGCAUUGCCGGUAUCAUAUACAUAUGCGUCUCCUGGUCCAAGUAUAAAGCGUACAAGGAACGUAUGCAGCGCAUGUAUGUGGUACCACGAUACGAUCCCGUUUAUGUAGAACCCAAUUUGAAGGAAUACGAGACGCAAGUGCUUCAGAUGAGCGUGCCGGUUGACGACAACGACAGCUGCAACGAUUUACAAUUGGAUUUUAGCAACAAGAAUCACGCAUUUAGUCUGGAUAAUGUCAGCUACAUCACCAAAGAUCACGGAGACAGUACCGGCCAACAAAGCCCCGUUAGCUCCGAAGCGGCGACCACGGCACGAGCAUCUAGUAUUGUCGGUAAUCAUGGCGAUACCAAUAUUCAUUCUCUGCGACGGUCCACACUGGGCCGAAAAAAUCACAGCGCGAGCAACACGAAUACCCUCAACAAUCGCGACGCGACACCGGUACUUAAUCCCUUGUACAAUCACGGCGGUGAUCUGCUGAGCCCUAGUCCGUCCAACGACAACGUCACCUUCAGGGAGAGGAAGGAUUACUCGCAUCUCGGGUUUACGUACCUGGGCGAGCAAAGUCCUGUGGAGACCACAACAGAAUUGUAAGUUUCGUGAUCCGAGAGACGAUGUGUGAAUGUUUGUCACUUUAAAGACUGCCACCGAAUUAUACGUAU